AUGGUCGCCCUAGAGGCCCUGCUCCAACAGGUCCGCCCUGGCGCCGACUUCGCCGAUGAAUUGGGCCCCCCAGUCAUCCUCGGCUCCUGGAAGGACGAACCAGGUCCAUCUACCGUGUUUCCCCCCAAUCCUGCGGUCUCACUGCCUUCCACCCUAAUCUCUUUCAACUCCGAGAGGCAUGAUCACCCCAUCCACACGCUCGUCACCCCUUCCUCAAGAACGUCCCAUCUCUUCCGGCCCCACCCCCGCUCAAAACGCCAUCCCCCCAAUUUCCAUGCAUAUCGCGACGCCAAUCCCAUUUCAGACGACGAAUCAGACGACAACUCGGCCUCUUCCUCCGAGACAGAGGAGGAAGUCGUCGUCACCUCUUCUCUGGCGGGCAGGACAAACAUCACCCUGGUCGCAUCCGAAAACGAUGACACCGCAAAUGAUAACAAUAUUCGCUUCCAUGGGAGGAGUACUACGGCUGGUCUCGUUGAGGCGACACGAAUAUUCAAACACAUGCAUAUCAAGGAGACUAUGAGCCAGAUGAAACGAGACGCGUCUCCGACGUCUCCAGAUAACGCAACAGUCGCCCAGACACGGAGACCUCAAUUCUGGGCAAAGCCGAAUUGGGAGUUCGAGUACGAAGGUAGGGGCCCGGACUCCCAAGAGCAGCUCCAAAUAUUCCUCGAGUACCUUCCACCGUCCGAUCUCGCAGAUACCCUAAUCGACCUCUACUUCAAGCACACGAACCUCCUCUUCCCAUUACUCCAUCGUCCGACCUUCGACCGCCAGUGGCUCGGGAGUCGGUGGUCGAACGACGAACGCGUCUUGAUUUAUGUCGCUUCUCGCGGAGACCGUGGGGAGCUCGAUUGGCGCAAAGCGGGGCGGUUUUACUUUGAUAUCGCCAUCGAGAUUCACCAACCACGAUGGAGCUCAUUUCACCCCGCCGGCCUGUUUGAGGUCCAGACUUUCACACUGCUCUCUAUGUAUCUGAGAGGGACGAGCCAGUAUCCCGCGGCUUGGUUUGUCACCAGUGUCGGGAUUCGGAAGGCCCAGGACGUUGGUGCACACCGAAAGAGGGCGUAUCAGGCUGACACGACCGCUGACAAUGAGCUGUGGAAGCGCGCUUUCUGGCACCUCGUCGCGUUUGACCGUCUCGGUUCAACGAGUUUGGGCCGGUCGUGCACUGUGGUGGAAGAAGAUUUCGACAUUGACCUGCUACUCGAGGUCGACGAUGAAUAUUGGGAAGGGGUGGAUGACCGCCAGCCAUUUACGCAGCCGCCUGAUGUUCCUUCGUUAAUAGAGUCCUUCAACCAGUUCGUCAAACUUACAAGGGUCAUAGCCUUUGCGACAAGGACAUUGUAUGCUGUCGACAGGAGGAAAUUGUAUCGAGGUCUGGCGCAAGUGGACCGACAGAGUGUUGUGAAGCAGCUCAUUCCUGCCCUGGAAGCAUGGACAAAAAACCUUCCUGACCACCUUAGAUGGAAAGAGAACAUGGCCCCAAAGUUCGCCAACGAGGCCGCCAGCCUCGCGAUGAUCUUCCACGUCGUCCAGAUCCUCGUCUACCGCCCGCUCAUAGCGCCCACAUCUCUCCGCGCAUCCUCAAAAUCACCCCUCUCCGAGCUCACACCUUCUCCCCUCUCCAUCGUCUCCGACCCAGCUGUCGAGAGGUGCCUCCAGGCAGCACACGCGUGUGCCCGCAUCGUCGAAGUACAGCUCCGGCAGGGCAUUGCCAAUUUCUUUGUACCAGGCUUGAUAAAUGCCUCGUACGUCUCGGCUGCGAUGCUUCUGUGGCAUGCAUGGAACCUCAAGGUAAGGGAGGGCCUGAUGGUGAAGGCGGGUCUGGAUGUGGAUAUCAAGCCCCCGAUUGCGCAGCGUGUAGAGGAGGAUCUCGCGGAUACGAAGGUGUUCAUGGCUGCGCUCGAGGAGGUGAGACCGCGCUGGGAUGCCGUGGACUUGCUCCUAGAGGAACUCAAAGCGUCUUUGCCGGGUCUUGAGAGUCGAGUGUCGACUCACGAAGUGCCUAUUACCGAGCCAUACAGUGAUCCAACGCAAUCGUAUUGGAUGGGCCCGGACCAACCACAGAGCGAGCAUCGCCCACUGUAUUCUGCGAUGCCCCCACCUACCCUUCCGCCUCCGUCUCCACCAUCCCAACAGCCCCUCGCACGACCGAGCCUCUAUGCCUCCUCUAAAUUUAGCCACUCGAUGUCCGACCUCAGCUCUGCGUCCGCUGCACCUGCACGGCCGUCGCUCAAUGUCCAAUUAAGCGACAGCAAUAGGACCCCAAAGAGCCACGGCCAUCGCCAACCACAAAGUGCCGGAGCAGCCGAGCAGCCUCUACACUCGCUUUCACCUGCGCCUGUGCCUCAGCCCAUGCCUCCGCCUCCGCCUCCUGCGUACCCACCCCCAACGUACCCCGCUUCAAACCCACCUACCCACGCCCAACCGCAUGCGCACGGUCGGACACGAUCAUCGUCAGUGGCGACAAUCCCGAUGGCACUGACGUCACACGAACGGGGCAUGCCGCUCAUCAGCAGUUCGAUGCGUCGGACGUCGGUGCCAAACAUGGCCGCGGCUGCGAGGAGCUCGCAAAUACAAACACUAGCGCAAGUGCGAUCACAGCCCCUCGUCUCAGCGGAGCCGACGCUGGUGCGGUUCGAGGAUGUGAACAUGCAUUUCGAGGGGAGUCCGCAGGCCUCGAGCAGUCAGUAUGGUACAUACAACCUGCAGGCUCAGGAUGGUCAUUCCGAUAAGCUUAGUCUUCGAACGGAUGCUUGGGGUGGGCCUGCCGGAAUUUCAGGCCAGUGGACAGGUCCUAUAGCAUCGUCUCCCGUCUCGCCCCACUUUUACACUCACCACAACCACUCUGCAUCGAGUCUCAAUAUCAUGCAAGGCUCUGUACCAAUAUACCACCCUUUCGGUUAA